AUGAAAAGGGUAUUGAAGUAUUUGUGCUUGGAAAGCGGGAAGGACUGGGAAGAAUGUUUGCCAUGUGCUUUGUUCGCCCUCAGAACUGUUAGCCAUGAGAGCACAGGUUUUAGUCCUUGCGAGUUAGUACAUGGAAAAAAAUUGAGAAUGCCUCAAACGAUUGUGUAUGAAAACUGGCUAGAAGAAGAAAGUUCAGACCCCACUGUGGUCGAGUAUGUUCUAGACUUAAUAAACAGAUUAAAGAAGUGUCAGGAGCUGGCUGUAGAGAGGAUGAAAGAAUGUCAGAGUAAAAGGAAACUUUGGUAUGAUCACAACGCUGUUACGAGGUUUAAGGUCGGAGAUCUCGUGCUUGUUUUAGCCACGUCUAAACCACACAAAAUGGCUCUGAAAUGGAGUCAGGUAAAGUAA